UUAGGUUAAGUUUUAAAACAUAAUAUUGCAGUCAAAUUAAUAAUUAUGUAUGGAACCAGUCAACAACCACUCUAUUCACCAAGUUUAAAAAGUAAAACAAUGUACAUGAGCCAACAAGAUGUUCAAAGGACAAGUUUUUCAUCACACAAUCCCCAACAACGUUUUCAGCAGCGAAGUUAUUCUACAGGUGAUCUUAAAACAUCUAUUCGUUCUGGCGAGCAGCAGACUAAAGUUGUAACAGAAAAUAUUGAAAAAAUUGAGAACCACUUUCCUCAGUUAGUGCAUGAUAUAAAUUUAUACACAGUGCGAUCGGCCAAACUGAGAGAUGCUGGUGAUAAUAUGGCAAAAUCUAUACGUCUUUAUGCUGACAGCGAAACUUCGAGUAUAAAACAAGGACUAGGAGCGUUAGCUGAGUGUUUUGCGUCUGUGCAGGAUCAGCGUAACGCUCUCGUUACUCGACUUGAAAAAAAAGUUUUUCAAACUUUUGCCGUGUAUGACACACGAUGCAAGCAGGCAAAAGUAGAUGUAAAAAAACAUUCCUUAGCUCACUCUAAAGAAUUAAUAGAACACAAGUCGUAUGAACGCGUAAAACAAAGAUCUGUAGAACAUUUCCAACUUGCCAAAGCGGAAACCAAAUUUAAAAAAGCUUCCGAAGAAGCCCAUCGCUCUGCACAAAUAUUAGAAGAACAGAUGGACGACUUUGAACGGAAAAAAAUACGCGAUUUAAAACAAGUAUUCGGCGAUUUUAUGUUAAGUGAAAUGCUUUUUUACGCUAAAGCAUUGGAAAUUUACACGCUCGGUUAUCAAGAGUUAAUGAGCGUGGAUGAAGAUAAAAGCAUUGAACAACUUCAUGAAAGCAUGCAAUGGACUCCCCAUCAGUUUGUCCAAUCAUCUUUGGGCGCUUACGGAGGCUCGGCACCAACUAUAUUGCAGCAAAAUCCAUAGCGUAAUGUACUAUAAGUGGUUCAUCCUGUAUAUAAAAUUAGUUUAUUUUCGGUUUGUUGUUUAAUUAUUUAUAUACUGUGCAAAUAAAUUUUAAUAUAUUAAAUAUUUUAAUAAUAUAUACAAUAAAUAUA